AUGCCAAAGUCAACCGAUCUACCGACGAGGCCAUCACCAAAUCCUCGCCAACAUCGUCAUCAACCCUAUCCAUCUGCUCAGCCAAGAAGCGGCCGACAAGCUCAUCCACCUUUCUCCAAUGUUCAUCGAAUCUACGACGGGUCAGCGGCUCCAUCGCCCUCGACCCAAAAUCUACAACUCUACAGCCCACCCCUACCGGAUUAUUUACCUUACCUAUGUGGCUCACCUCAGCAAUAUCAACCCAUCCAGCAACCUUACCCUCCACCCCUACCUAUAAUCAACACAAACCUGCCACUUCAAGCCCCAGCAACGACAAACUUCCCUCCACCAGCUAACUUCACCUUCCGCUGUCCAAAUCCUGCACAUCCCCAGUUCACCCUCAGUAGUCGCGAAUUGAGUCAGACCAUCCCCGAGUUCAUCGCGGAGCUUCUCGCCAAAGACAGAGCAAAUGGCAUCACACCUAGCGCUGGAAGCCAGAGGCAUGGUACUCGCCGUACUGGAGGUCCGGUUGAGCAAGAACAUCUCCAAAAUAAGGGAGACGGUCCGAAGGUAAAAAGGCCCAGAAGAUGGAGCAGUCCUGAUCCGCAUCCUGAUCAGGGACAUGACCAACGAAAAGGAGGCGUCAAAGCCGGGGGUAAAAAAGAUGGAAAAAGACCUAGAAAGUCUGUAUCUACUGGUGGUGGGAAGGGUAUACCAGGCAUUAUUGUGUGGAAACCUAUCCCACGGAGCCCUCCAGUCAAGCCAAAGAAAGAACCCAUUGUCACCAAAGAUGGUGGGGGUGACAAAGAACCACGUGGAACGCCAGAACCCGCCGAGAUUGAAGGUGAUGGCAUCAAUGAACCCAUCGACUCGCCUUUCAAGGACAUCAAAGAACGUUCAAAUGAGACUUUGGUUCCAGAAUCACCUACAUCUUCGCAGACCAAAGAUGGUUGGCCGCCCAAGCAGAUCUAUUGGAACCCCUAUCCGACUUCGACGACUGCCCGUAAUCCGGACAUGAUUGAGAACAAGAAUCCCAAGCCUCCCCGACCUUGGCUUCCUCCGAUCAAAGAAGUUGCAGAAAUCGUCGCCGAUGUAGAACUCACACCAGAACGAUGGGGGGAAAGGCUCAAGCCUGUGGCAGAGCUCAACGCCAGAACGCCCCGGCCUCUGCCUUUUCAUGAGAAACCUGCUGCAAUCCCUACCUGGCAUGCAAGAUGUCCGGAUGGUUACGAGCCUACAUCUUUCGCCGGAUUCCCUCUGAGAAGGCCAUAUCCAUUGUGGCUACCAGCGGCGCAUGAUCCGAAUCAAGAGUUGAACAGGUCGGACUUGAGUAUACCUGUUCCCGGAGUAGGAAAGCAUUUCGAAAUGCAUCCGUCAGGCCCAUCUGCCUCGGCCUUAAACCCCGCGACGCGCAUGCCGCCGCCGCCAUCAGUCAACCAGGUCGAUAAGGAACGAUCGCAUCCUCAAGGACAGCAAUCGCAGGCUUCUCAGGACGAAGGCGUUGCCGCUCCAACCGGUAUAGCUACUGGCGAUACGUCUCAAUCCACUUCUCCUGGGGUUCCACAAGAUCAUGACGAGAAUGACGCGUCGCAAUCCAGUAGCCGACUACGUACACCGGAAGACCGGUCGCAAUCUCAGACAGACUCUAUGAGCAGCCCGACGAGACAUAAGAGAACUGCCAAUGGGUUACUCAAGGUCGUGGAUACUCCUGGUGAACAAAGACCGAGGGCCGAGAGCGUGAGCUCAUCUGGUAGCAAGGCUGGCGAGGUGGCAGCUCAACUCAAGACACGACUCGCAUAUGCCAUGGUCAAGGUGCAGCAUGGCUGGGAGCAUCGCAACAUCAACGAGGUCGAGAAACUAGCUGCUGCUUUGCAUCCGAGCAUGGCUGCAUCACCACCAGCAUCGAGUGCUCCAAUCGACAUACGCUCACCACCUUCGAAAAGACGUUCUGGCUCAGGCGUAGUAUCUUGGUCAUUACCAGAUUCGGGAACAGGCUUGCAUGCCUCGUCGCAGAGCAGCAACACAUUCAGACGUCCAUCAGCUUCCUCGCCAGUGCACAUACCUUCAACACCAAAGUCGCGGCCAGCACCCGUACGCUCAACAAUGCCAACGCAACAAGCCGAGCAAGACGCCAUGGACGCUUUGAUGUUGAUGGGCGGCAGUCCAGGCAAUGGAGGAAAGUUUCCCCCAUCACAGUCUUCGUCACAGAAUGCUUUGCAUCCUCAAACACAAAACUGGCAUAGUCAAGGCUCGGCAAAAUCGCUCAGUCGCCGCCGUUCAGAUUCUCCAACUGCGAUAGACAGGUCACCCAAGCGACCGGCCAUCUUGAGUCGCAAUAACAGCAGUACAUCCGAGGUCAGUGUUGCCAACAGUGAGGUGCGUGAAGCAAGAGAGAGGGUGUUGGAAGAAGUCGAGGAGGCGGCUUGA